GCUCGAGCAGCUCGUCAGCGCUUCGGAGAUGCACUGCCAGAGAACCUUCUAAACGACGAGCAAUACACAGCCUACGAGCGUCUCUAUGGACCACCGGUAGGAAAUACCAAGGACGAACUGGUCGAUUUUGAGGAAAAUGAGCUGGAAGGAGAAUUGGAUGAAACAGACAAUGUUGGCACUGGAUUAUUGAGGGAGAAUGAAGAUGGUGUCCUUGAGGAGGUUGAGUACCUUGAAGAGGAGGAAGAGUUUGACGAGGAAGAGGAGGAAUACGAGUUGAUGGAGGAGAACGCUGAUGAGGCAGAGCUGGACGCGGACAGUGCUGCUGCAGGUCUCGAUGCUCAGACUAUUAAAGACCUGGAGGCUCUGCGUUUGACACCGGAGCAAGAGCUUCUUGAGGACUCCCAAGAACCGCUCGAAGAACCAUACGAUCAUACACGAGCACAUCCAUUGACCGUGGUCAACCGAUUUGGCACGCCCUCCUCUACUGUACAACUACCGGCAUCUUCCUUCGUUGAUCCUGUUACUCGACUGGUUUCUGGUGUUCCAAACAAACACAUCUCAGAAGUUGCUCACCGUAUCUUCGGUGGAGUAGGACUGCCAUAUUCGACAUCGACGCCUCAGCGUGCAGUGAAGAUGCCGCAGAAGGCUAUUCCCCUGAACCCUGGUCAAGGCAGAAUGAGCGAAAUGGAUGCUGAUCUCUUCACAACCACUCUUAUGCCUGGUAUCUACGCGAGCGUAUUCAGUGUUCUGGUGGAAACACGCAAACGUCUGGGCAGCUCAUGGUUGGAAGGCUUGUUGAACAAGGAGGGCGGACCUCGUAUUCUGGAUGCAGGUGGUGCAGGCGUGGGUGUCCUGGCUGCAAGAGAUGUCCUUCAAGCAGAGUGGGAGCGCAUGCACGACACAAGCGAGGAUGAAGAUAGCUUCAUGGCCAUUGCAGAGGCUGGUGGUAAGACUGGCGGCGAAUCCAUCCCUGCACCUGUGGGGAAGGCAACUGUCUUGACCAGCAACGAAGCAUUGCGCUUCCGCUCCAGCAAGCUUCUGGACAACACCACUUUCCUCCCACGCUUGCCUGAUUACAUGCAUGCUAGUGAUGAUUCCGCCCGUGAACGCGGCAAGUACGACAUCAUUAUUGCACCGCACACUCUUUGGCCCUUGAAGGAAGAUCACAUCCGCAAACAACACGUCAAAAACUUAUGGAGCUUGCUCAGCACAGAUGGCGGUGUUCUGAUUCUUUUGGAGAAAGGUGUUCCUCGCGGCUUCGAGAUGGUAGCUGCAGCGCGCGAGCUACUCCUCAAUUCUCGCAUUGCUUCUCCUGGCAAUGAAGCCAUGUCCGAAGACGUCGACGAGCCAGGCGAGGGCACAGUCUGGGGAAAACAGCCAAAGGACAAGGGCAUGAUUGUGGCUCCCUGUACCAAUCACCUUGGUUGUCCCAUGUACGUCAACCGCGGCAUCAGCAAGGGCCGCAAGGACUUCUGCCACUUCAAGCAGCGUUACAUCCGACCUCCGUUCUUGCAAAAGAUUCUUGGAGCAAAGCACAGAAACCAUGAAGAUGUGGAGUUUUCGUACGUUAGUGUCAUGAGAGGCCGCGACCUUCGUGACAAGGAUGAAGAAAACAUCAUCCAGGGUGAAGUUGCGACAGAGCGUGCGUUUAUUGGUUUCGAAACCCCUCAAGCUGUGACCGAGCAGGCAUACGACGAGUUCGAUCCUACAGCACCUGCAGUUCCCGAUGUCGAGGAGAUGUCUGCAGAGGAAGAACCUCACUCCUUGAGUCUGCCGCGUGUGGUUUUGCCUCCUCUGAAGCGUCAAGGCCAUGUCAUCAUCGACAUGUGCACGCCAGCCGGCACACUCGAGCGCUGGACAGUGCCUCGCAGUUUCUCCAAGCAAGCCUACCGCGAUGCACGCAAGAGCUCCUGGGGCGAUAUCUGGGCGCUAGGAGCCAAGACCAGAACCCCUCGCAACGUGCGUGUUGGCAGAGGCAAGGAGGAACUCGGCGGCGUGGAGAAGAAGAAGAGAAGCAAGGCAAAGAACACAGUCGAGGUAGGCUAUGACUCUGCUGGUAAUAUCAAGGAGGAGGAUAUCAGAGUCAAGACGGGUGGACGCAUGAGACAGGGUAAGAUCAAGGGUAUCAGAGACAAGCGUGAUAAGAAGGCGGAUGGAAGAGGCAGAAGAAAGAACCUGGACAAG